UUUAUCUCCCAUGAUUAGACCUAAUGUUUAGAAUGUAUGGAAGCCUAAGUGUACGUGUUUGUUUCAUAGUGUCUACUGAAAACGAUUCCCUCACAUAAUGGUGUGUGGACAGCAUCAAUAUCAACCAACUCUUUUACUGCACAGAGGACAAUGAAAGCGAUCAUUUUAUCAGUGUGGUGUUUGUUGACAGUAAUUGUCUUCACUGUCAGUAUUGAUGCGUUGAAGGCAAGCCUUGUGGCAGAAAACAUCACGAAAUCAUCAGCAAAUAUUAAAUUGAGUUCCUUACAAACAGACGCAAAUGACACUGAUAAUGGCGCUGAUGACGAUUUCGCAACAUACCGGAUUGUUGCACAUGAACUUACAGCAGACGGGAUACCUGUCGCCGUCGAUGAGCUCGAAAUUGGUGUCAAUGCCACUGAUGCAAUUGAUAGAAUCAAGGUUGAUGAUUUGAAAUCGUUCACUCAUUAUAACGUAUGCAUAGAGAAUGGCAACACAGACGACCGCUUGAGCGGCGCACGCGGUGCUAACAUGAUAUCAACAAAGUGCGUGCACUUUCAGACGUCCUACGAUCCAUGGAAUAUGGAAGCUAUUGCUGCCAUUGCAUUCUGUGGAUUCAUUAUUACAACUUUUCUCAUAGCCUCAGUUUGUGACAUGUGCGUAAAGACAACUCCUGAGAGUGAGGCCGACGAGAGGCGGUUUCUUGUGCAAAAACUGAUCAAGGAACGAAGACGUACAAACCAGGCUUAUGGCACCGAAAACGUCUUUGAGUUUUCUGAUAACGAGGAUGAAUCGGGUGACGAAAAAAUGACAGAGGAAGAUCACGCUCUCCAAGCAAUGAUGAACUUCCGACAUGAAGAUGAAAUUUGCGCAUCUGCGGCAGCUAAUUAGCUAUAAUUCUUAUAAGCACACCAGUAAUAGUUUUUUUCAGUUGAGUUUUCACAGAAAUUAUGUGUUUAGAUCUUUGUUUUAAAGGAGUCAACCACUGUUGCUGCUAAGUUCUUUUAACCCCUCAACUAGAUUUAUUUUUAAUGUUUUGUAUUGUAUAUUGAAUACGUUUUGAUGUGACAUCAUAAAUUAUCCCGAAUAAGUAUAUCUCAAGUAAAUGAUGCUCUCGUAUAUGUGACGUACCAAACAUGGUGCUCCUGCUCUUGAGUAAUACGCUGCGGUAUUUAUUUAAUAAAUAUUAUUUAAAUAAACGUUGUGGCGCUUAUACAGGAGUGGCCUAUAUGUUUUUGUUUUGAAUAAUUGGGAUGGCCAACAAUUUCUCACAGUUUAAAUAAUAUAACAUUCUAGCAAUCCAGGCAAUCCUGUAUGCAAUACAUUUCAGCACUUGAAUGAGCGGCACUCUUGAAGCACGGAACAAAAC